AUGGCGACAAAAUUCAAUGAAUUAUUAGGAGAAGAACUUGUUCAACACAAUGAAUCUGGUGAUGAAUCAAGUCUAAUAUCAACAAAUCAACUUGAUGGAAAAACUGUGGCACUUUAUUUCUCAGCUCAUUGGUGUCCACCUUGUAGAAAUUUUACACCAAAAUUAGCUAAAGUAUUCAAUGAAGUUAAUGAUGAAAUAAAAAACAAAUUGGAUAUUGUUUUUGUUUCAUGUGAUGAAAAUCAAGAAGGUUUUAAUGAAUAUUUCAAAGAUAUGCCAUGGAAAGCAUUACCUUUCUCUAAUCGUGAUCGUUCGAAGAUAUUAGGUGAAAAAUUCGACGUCGACGGUAUUCCAUGUUUGAUUGUUCUGUCUCCUUCGCUUGAAAUAAUAGCUUUGGAUGGUGUCAGUGAAAUAAACGGUGCUCCAAAAGAAGCUUUACAUAAAUGGUCUCAAGGGAAACGUUUAUUUUGGACUCGUCAACCACGAGACGAUGAAUAUGUAUGGGAAAAUACUAGUUGCACUGAAUGUUUUAUGAAGCCUUUAGUUGGUUCACGACAUGGUUGUAAAAAUCCCGAGUGUCAAUUUGAUUUAUGUGGAACAUGUUUAUCAAAAAAUAAACAUGAACAUCCUCUUGUUGAAUAUCUUAUUCCGAAAAGACAAUAUUCAUUAGAAACACUUUUAUCAUCGAUAUCUUAUUUACUUGAUCCUAAAAAAGAAGGAAAAAUUGAAACAAAAACAAUGUUGACAAAUGACAUUAAAAGUGUUGGAUUUUAUUUUUCGGCACAUUGGUGUCCACCUUGUCGCAUAUUCACACCAGAACUAGCUGAAAUUUAUCAAAAAGCACAAAUAAAUUCUCGUUCUUUUCAUAUUAUAUUUGUAUCAUGUGAUAGAGAUGAAGAUUCAUUCAAUAGUUAUCGAUCAGAAAUGCCUUGGCCUGCAGCUCCAAUGAAUUCAGGUGCAAUUCUUAUGACAUACUUUGCAUUUUCUGGUAUUCCAUCAUUGAUUGUUGUGUCAUCCGAUGGGACAAUUUUAUCACGUCACGGUCGUGAAGAUGUUGCAAGGCUUGGUAUUAAAGCUUUAGAAACAUGGUCACUGGGUGAAAAAUUAGCUCGUCCUUCUCCAGAUGAAUAUCGAUGGGCAUCUGUUAGAUGUGACGGAUGUGGAAUGGCUCCUCUUGUUGGUCAAAGAUAUUGUUGUCCUACCUGUGGUGAUUAUGAUCUUUGUUCAGCAUGUGCGAAGAAAGAACAUGAACAUCCACUCAUACUUCAACCACAACCAAACGAUGAUAACGAUGAAUAA